CAGUCACAAAGAUCACAGAAACAGCAUAUGCCCGGGCACAAGAUAGCACUACCGUUUAUGCUCUGGAAGACUGAAAGAAUAUACAUGCCCAUGUUUUUUUCAAGUAUAUGUGUGCAUUGGUCUUGCUGCUGCCUCUUUUGCUGACUGAUAAUAUAAACGUUUUUUUGAAAGCUUGUGAACAGAUUGGAUUGAAAGAAGCCCAGCUUUUCCAUCCUGGGGAUCUACAGGAUUUAUCAAAUCGAGUCACUGUCAAGCAAGAAGAGACUGAUAGGAGAGUGAAAAAUGUUUUGAUAACAUUGUACUGGCUGGGAAGGAAAGCACAAAGUAACCCCUACUAUAAUGGUCCCUGUCUUAAUCUGAAAGCAUUUGAGAAUCUUUUAGGACAAGCUCUGACUAAGGCACUUGAAGACUCCAGCUGCCUGAAAAGAAGUGGCAGGGACAGCGGCUACGGUGAUACCUGGUGUCCUGAGCGGGGAGAAUUUCCUGCUACUUCAGGCCACCAUAAGAGAGAAGAUUCCUUUGAAAGCUUGGAUUCUUUGGGCUCUCGGUCAUUGACAAGUUGCUCCUCUGAUAUCACAUUAAGAGGGGGACGUGAAGGUUGCGAAAGUGACACGGAUUCUGAAUUUACAUUCAAAAUGCAGGAUUAUAAUAAAGAUGAUAUGUCAUAUCGAAGGAUUUCAUCUAUCGAACCAAAGACUGCCUUACCAUUCAAUCGCUUUUUACCUAACAAAAGUAGACAGCCAUCCUAUGUACCAGCACCCUUGAGGAAGAAGAAGCUGGACAAGAAUGACGAUAACCGAAGAAGCUGGGCAAGCCCUGUGUACACAGAAGCAGAUGGAACAUUUUCAAGUGGACAUGAAAAGAAUCCUUUAAUUUUCCAUCAAAUUAGCAGAGCAGAGUGUGAUUUUUCCAAUCCAGCUUCCUAUGAGAAGGAGGUGUGUGGUUCUGAAAGUGGUUCGGACUCUGAGGAUGAACGAAGGUUGCCGGAUGUGAUUUUGGAUGACUUAGCCAAUCGUAGAUUCCAAGUGAAAAUGAGGCCGGAGAGUUUCGUCUCGAAAACCACCUCUCCUAACUCGUGUCCGCAAAUAUUUUCUCCUGCUGGUACAUUAGCCACUGGGCUAUGCCAACUGACCAGUAACCACAGGAGGACUUGGGGCACCAAUGUGGAGAACUCUUCAAACUCCUCUUGCUAUUUGGAAGAAGAAAAGACAAGAAACCUACCCAACAUUGUAAAGGAUGAUCUUUAUGUGCGAAAGCUAAGUCCAGUCAUGCCAAACCCAGGGAAUUCUUUUGAUCAGUUUCUUCCCAAAUGUUGGAUCCCUGAAGAUGUGAACUGGAAAAGAAUAAAAAGGGAAACUCAUAAACCAUGGUAUAAGGAAUUUCAGGGAUUCAGUGGAAGGAAUUCAGACUCUGAGGAUGAGGACUCAGGCUCUGACAGAAACUCCACCACUUUUAGUAGCACACAAAAAGCAGAACGUAGGCUAGACGGCAAGUGCCAAAGACGUUCACUCUUGCUGGAACUAGCCUACAAACAGGCCACAAAAUCUCGGGACACCCAUGCAGCCAGGAGAACCAGUGGUGCUUCAGAUGAGCCCAGUCAGUUUUUGUUACUUCAGGCUCUCCAAACAUACUCUGAUGACAUCUUGUCUUCUGAAACAAAUAUCAGAAUUGACCCCACCUCAGGCCCAAGGCUCAUAACACGCAGAAAGAAUCUCUCCUGUGCACCAGGCUAUAGAAGAGAUGACCUGGAGAUGUCAGCCCUGGAUCCUGACUUAGAGAAUGAUGAUUUCUUUGUCAGAAAGACUGGAGCUUUCCACGCAAAUCCGUGUGUUUUCCGAACUUUUGAAGACUUUAGAAGGCUCUCUGAGCAAGAUGAUCCUGUAGAGCGAGAUAUAAUUUUGCAAUGUAGAGAAGGUGAACUUGUACUUCCAGAUUUAGAAAAAGAUGAUAUGAUUGUUCGUCGAAUUCCAGCACAGAAGAAAGAAGUGCCUCUGUCCGGGGCCCCAGACAGAUACCAGCCAGUCCCUUUCCCUGAACCCUGGACUCUUCCUCCGGAAAUUCAAGCAAAAUUUCUCUGUGUACUUGAAAGGACAUACCCAUCCAAAGAAAAAAGUAAUAGCUGUAGAAUAUUAGUCCCUUCUCACAGGCAGAAGAAAGACGACAUGUUGAUUCGUAAGAUCCAGUCUUGGAAAGUGGGAACCACUGUGCCUCCCCUCAGUUUCACCCCAGGCCCCUGCAGUGAGGCUGACUUUCAGAAAUGGGAGUCCAUCCGGGAGGCCAGCAGACUCAGGCACAAGAAACGGCUGAUGGUCGAGAGACUCUUUCAAAAGAUUUAUGGUGAGAAUGGGAGUAAGUCCAUGAGUGAUGUCCACGCAGAGGAUGUUCAAAACUUGCGUCAGCUGCGUUAUGAGGAGAUGCAGAAAAUAAAGUCACAGUUAAAAGAACAAGAUCAGAAAUGGCAGGAUGACCUUGCAAAAUGGAAAGAUCGUCGGAAAAGUUACACUUCAGAUCUGCAGAAGAAAAAAGAAGAGAGGGAAGAAAUUGAAAAGCAGGCGCUUGAGACGUCUGAGAGAAGCUCUAAGACGUUUAAGGAAAUGCUGCGGAACAGGGAAUCCCAAAAUCAAAAGUCUACAAGUACAUCAAGGAGGAGAAUAUAUUCUUUUGAUGAUGAAUUGAUUGAAGAGAAGCUACCCCCUACAAUGAGUAUGUCAGAAGCAAGUUACCAAAGUGAGAGAAUGGAAGAGAAGGGAACAACUUAUCCUGCAGAAAUUCUGAAAGAAGAUUCUACAACUUUUAUAGAAAGGGAAGACGCUAUAACAGCUGAAAUUCAGCUUCCUUCCAGAAGCCCCGCAGAAGAACAAUACCCAGCCUCUUUGUCUUCUCAGCAUUCAUUGAGGACACAAAUGGAGUCAACUCGUGUUUCAGCUUCUCUCCCCAGAAGUUACCAGAGAACUGACACAGCCAGGUUAACAUCUGUGGUCACACCGAGACCUUUUGGCUCUCAGUCAAGGAGAAUCUCAUCACUCCCCAGAUCCUACACGAUGGAUGAUUCUUGGAAGUACAAUGGAGAUGUCGAAGGUGUUAAGAGAACUCAGAACAGUUCAUUCAGCACCCUUGCCCCCAAACCUGACGCCAGCCAGCUUGCUUCGAGUUCCUCCAGUGGGAGAGAGGCCUCAGAAGGUGUGGUGAGGUUGCCCUCUCCUACACUCCUCUUGUCAUCUCUUUCCCAGGACAAGGCUGCCACUUCUACAGCCACACUGUCUUUGACAUCUGGCCCUAAUUUAAUGUCUGAGUCUGGAGAAGGGAGAAACACACCCCAAAGAGAGGUCUCAAGAUCACAGGAUCAGUUCAGCGAUAUGAGAAUCAGCAUAAACCAGACACCCGGGAAGAGUCUUGACUUUGGGUUUACAAUAAAAUGGGAUUUUUCUGGGAUCUUCGUAGCAUCAGUUGAAGCAGGUAGCCCAGCAGAAUUUUCUCAGCUACGGGUAGAUGAUGAGAUUAUUGCUAUUAACAACACCAAGUUUUCAUAUAAGGAUACAAAAGAGUGGGAGGAAACCAUGGCUAAUGCUCGAGAAACUGGAAACCUAGUAAUGGAUGUCAGGCGCUAUGGAAAGUCUGACUGGGGCAAAGACCAACCUUCUCUGCCAUUUACAAGGCAUAAAACUCUCAAUCUCACCAGUAUGGCUACCAAAAUUAUAGGUUCACCUGAAACAAAGUGGAUUGAUGCAACUUCUGGAAUUUACAGCUCAGACAAGUCUUCAAAUCUAUCAGUAACAACUGAUUUCUCUGAAAGCCUUCAGAAUUCUAAUACUGAAUCCAAAGAAAUCAAUGGAAUUCAUGAUGAAAUCAACACUUUUGAAUCAAAAGGAAGCUCCGAUUCUGUGGUUCCUGAUCUUCCAGUUCCAACCCUCAGUGCCCCAAGCCGCUGGGUGUGGGACCAAGAGGAGGAGCGAAAGCGGCAGGAGAGGUGGCAGAAGGAGCAGGACCGUCUGCUGCAGGAAAAAUAUCAACGUGAGCAGGAGAAACUGAGGGAAGAGUGGCAAAAGGCUAAACAGGAGGCUGAGAAAGAGAAUUCAAAGUACUUGGAUGAGGAACUGAUGGUCCUAAACCCAAACAGCAUUUCUCUGACCACACUGGAGCCCAUGGUUGCCACCUGGGAUGAAGGGUCCAAGUCUUCCGACAGGGAAGGAACCCGGGCAGGAGAGGAGGAGAGCAGACAGCAGCAGGAGGAAGCUGUUCGUGAGGACCACGGAAAGAAGCUGCAGGAACAACUCCUGCUGGAGCGAGAGAGGAAGCUGAAGGAGCAGCAGUAUCAGGAAGAGCAGGAGCAGACGUGGCGUCAGGCCGAGGCAGAGAGAGAGAGGGAAACGUCAGUCAAAAUAUACCAGUAUAGGAGGCCUGUUGAUUCCUAUGAUAUACCAAAGAGAGAGGAAGGUUUGCUUCCUAAUGACAGGACUAAAUCCAUAUCUACUACUGAACUGGAUGGUUACCCUGCAAAUAAAAAUGGAAGCACUAAAUAUUUAGACAAAAUUGGAAGCACUAGCUCUCCACAGAAGAGCUCCAAGAAAGAACAAGUCCCAUCCGAAGCAGAGUUGGAGAGACAGCAAAUCCUUCAGGAAAUGAGGAAGAGGACGUCCCUUCAUAAUGACAACAGCUGGAUCCGCCAGCGCAGUUGCAGCAUAAAUAAGGAGCCGAUUUGUCUGCCUGGGAUUAUGAGAAGAGGUGAAUCUCUAGAUAACUUGGACUCCCCGAGAUCCAGUUCUUGGAGACAGUCCCCUUCACUCAGUCAGUCUACAGGAUCCUGCGCUUCUCCCUCCACUCAAGACGCCAGUCGCCCCCGACGUCGGCUGCUGUCCUACAUGCGGAGCCCGCCCUCCAGCGCGGCCUCACAUUCAGCUGGCCCUGUGGAGAUCAUCCCCGCAUAUAGAGCCACCACCCAGGCCCCUACCGUGAGAAAACCUCCGCUUUUAGUCUCACAGUCAGGCUCCCAGCCACGUAACAGGUCAGUCAGUGGGAAGCAUGUAUGCGCCUACUGUAACAAUAUUCUGGGCAAAGGAGCUGCCAUGAUCAUCGAGACCCUGGGUCUUUUUUAUCAUUUACUGUGUUUUAAGUGUGUGGUCUGUGAUCGUGUCCUCGGAGUCUCUUCCUCAGGAGCUGAAGUCAGAAUCAGGGAUGACCAACUAUACUGCAACAACUGCUAUCUCAAACUCCAAUCUGGACAGCCAACUGCCAUGUGAUGUAAGCCUCCAUACGAAAGCACUGUUGGAGAUAGAAGAAGAGGUGGUUGCUGCUGAUGUAGAUCUAUAAAUAUGUGUUGUAUGUCUUUUUUGCUCUCUUUUUUAAAACAUAACUUUUUUUUUUUUGCCUCUUUGGAUUACAUAGGACCAUUGUCGUCUUGAUAGAACCUGUUAUUUUUGUCGUUGUGUAUUUAUAAGAAGGUAAUUAUGUGUGGGGAAAAGUGAAGUAUUUACUUUUUGAAUGCAGCAUCUUAAAAGCACAAGGGAAAAAAUAAGAACUUAAAAAUGUUUUUGAGGCUGAUAAGAUCUAGUUUGACUUUCUAGUGGUGUUCUGAAGAGGGUAUUUUAUUGUUUUUUUUUAAAGGUUCUUAAACACUAUCUGAAAUAGUUAAUAUAAUUGUGUAAUUGCUUUUGCUCUGCUUAUUGUAACAUAUACUAAAUUAAUGCAGAAGCACAUGGAAAAUUUCAUUAAAAUUCACUCCCAAAUUUGCUUUCUGCAUCCUUCUUUCCACCUACAUAAUAUGAUUUUUAAAAUUUACCUUAUGUGACAUGUUAUUUGCUUGAUGAAGGGAGCUCUAUUUUCUUCACCAGAAUUGUUGCUAAGCAAUUCCCAAUAGAAAACUGCUUAUUUCUAUUAAUGACAAAUAACCAUGGCUUGUAUACCACAAGUUUUUCCCAGAAACUAGUGAGCCUUUCUGUUCAGCUGCAUUUGUAAAUAAACUUGCUGGUGCAUUUAAGGAGUGGUUCUUUUUUCUCUGUGUGUGUCUACCUUUCAGGCCUUUUAAGCAUAUUUCAUUAUGGGGCCUUUCUUGAUAUUAUGUUUUAUUUAGCAGCCUCACUAAGAUAUAAUAGAGAUAUAAUAAAUUGCCCAUAUUUAAAGUGUACAAUUUGACAAAUUUUGACAUGUGUACCUGUGAAACUAUCACUACAGUCUUGAUGUUUUUGUUAGAAGUGAAAACUUUUAAUGAGGAACUUAAUUUGUAUUUUGAUGAAGUUAUGUUUUUUAAUACAAUACAUUUUUAUGGUAAGAGGUGUUGUGGGUGAAUUGUUGGAUUAUUUGAACAAAAUCUUUGCUUUGAGUGAAUAACAGUGAGUUUAGAAAAUCUAUAGAGCAGAAAAAGUACUCUUUCAUGUUUCAGAAUUCUGGAGUGGGAAUGCAAGAAUACAAAACUUUUGCGUGCUUUGAGCAAAAAUAUAAACUUGCUUCAAUCCUUGUAAGAGGAGUGGAUAAUUCUAGGAAAUGAGAAAUGUAUUAGAAUAGGUUUAAAAUAUGUACAUAAAUGUUAAUGUGUGAGAAAAUUAAAAAUCUGGAAAAUUGAAAAAUCUAA